AUGCGAUUUCCAGAGGUUUAUUUGUUUUUCACUUCACAAGUGCGGCAUUUGGAGAUGACAACUAAAAGGAAAAUUAUUGGCCGCCUGGUGCCAUGCCGAUGUUUUCGAGGGGAAGAAGAAAUCAUCUCAGUGCUUGAUUACUCCCAUUGCAGCCUUCAGCAAGUGCCAAAGGAGGUUUUUAACUUUGAACGGACAUUAGAGGAGCUUUAUCUAGAUGCCAAUCAAAUUGAAGAGCUUCCUAAGCAAUUAUUCAACUGUCAAGCUCUGCGUAAACUGAGUAUCCCAGACAAUGACCUUUCAAGCCUGCCAACCAGCAUUGCCAGUUUAGUUAAUCUCAAAGAACUUGACAUCAGUAAAAAUGGGAUCCAAGAUUUUCCAGAAAAUAUAAAGUGCUGUAAGUGUUUAACAAUAAUUGAAGCCAGUGUCAAUCCUAUUUCUAAGCUCCCAGAUGGUUUCACACAGCUUUUAAAUUUGGCCCAGCUAUAUCUAAAUGAUGCCUUUCUGGAAUUUCUUCCAGCUAACUUUGGAAGACUUGUUAAAUUACGAAUAUUGGAAUUACGAGAGAAUCACUUGAAAACGCUGCCAAA